AGCAAGUUGUACAUGUUGCUGUCCUCUGUGAUAAUAUCUGUUGCCAUCCUACACAAAGGAGCUCGGAAGCAAUGCCCCCCUCCGAAACUGGCAGGUUUCGGGUUUCCUAGGAACAGAAAGACGGAAACCCGGAGGAGCCGGCGUAUGUCUGCCCGUGCCACCAUGACGUCCGACAUGGCCGAGACGUGGAGGAACUGUUUCGAGGAAGAGCUCAUAUGCCCCAUCUGCCUGCACGUCUUCUCGGAGCCCAUCCAGCUGCCCUGCAAGCACAACUUCUGCCGGGCCUGCAUCAGCGAGGCGUGGGCCAAGGACUCGUCGAUAACCCGCUGCCCCGAGUGCAACCACGCGUACGCGCAGAAGCCCAGCCUGGAGAAGAACCACAAGCUGUCCAACAUCGUGGAGAAGUACAACGCCCUGAGCGUGGAGAAGGCCCAGUCGCCGCCGCCGCAGUGCAUCCUGUGCCGCCGCGGCCCGCCGCUCCCCGCCGUCAAGGUGUGCCUGCGCUGCAACGCGCCGUGCUGCCAGUCGCACGUCCAGACGCACCUGCAGCAGCCGUGCUCGGCGCUCGGGCACUUGCUGGUCGAGGCAGAGGCCGUGAAGGCGUGGACGUGCCCGCAGCACGACGAGUACCGGCUCUACCACUGCGAGGCGGAGCAGACGGCGGUGUGCCAGUACUGCUGUUUUGCGCGCUGCCACCCCAGUCACGGGCACGCCGUCGCUGACGUGGAGCUACGCCGCAACGACAUCAGACAAAGCUUGCUGAGGCAGCAGGAGCGCGUGGAGGAGCGCGUGCAGGAGAUCGAGGAGCAGCUAUGCAAGCUGGAGUCAGACAAGUGUGUGGUGGAGGACCGCGUGUGUGAGCUGAAGGAGGACGUGCGUCUGCAGUACCAGCGCAUGCACCAGCUCCUGGAGGAGGACCUGGGACGCACGCUGGAGGCCCUGGAGCGGGCCCAGGCCCGCUUCUGCCAGGAGAACGCCGCGCAGGUGCUGGCGCUGGGCGAGCAGCGCCACGAGGCCCAGAAGCUGAUGAGCUCCAUCAACACGGCCUUCGGCAAGGCGGAGGAGCUGAGCUUCAUGAAGAACACCAAGCCCGUCAAGAUCCUCACAGACAGGUCCCAGGCGUGUGUGGGGAACAGUCUGCCCCCCUAUAAAGUGGGGAACCUCAACGCCAAGCUUUUCCUCUCCGAAAUCUCCAAACGAGAGAAGAGCUUGAAGAGAACUCUGGAAGCACCCUUAACGCCCCCCGCCACCUUCCUGCAGUCCGUCCCGGCGUACCCGAGCGGCCAGAGCUCCGUUUCCGGAGCGGAGAAACGGAAACAUUCCACAGCCUUCCCGGAGGGCGCCGGGAAGAACGCUGCGCCCGGUUUCAAAGACGCCUCCUCCUCCUCUUCGUCUUCUUCCUUGGCGCUGGCGAGCAAGCAGCCCUACCUGGGCUCCGCCUCCUCGUCCGCCGGGGAGGGUCAGUCCACCAAUCAGCAGCCUCUGGGCCCGUGUGGCCCGCCUCACAUCAGCGAAGGCGGCGGCGGCGGGAGCGCGGGGAGCGGCUCGUUGGCCAGCCACCACUCCGGCGCCGUCUUCGGCACCUCGCACUUCCCCCCCGGGGGCGGCGGCGGCGGCGGCUCCUCGCAUUCCUCCCAGCAGGCGGUGCUGCCCCAGUACGGCGGUCGCAAGAUCCUGGUGUGCACCAUGGAUAACUGCUACUGCUCCGGGGUGGCGUCCGUGUCGGGCCACCGCGGCCACCCGCCGUACUCGCGCUCGGGCUCCUUCCCCUGGGUCAGCGCCCAGGACUACCCGCCGCCCCCCGGCCUGGCCUCUGGGGGGCCGUCCAUGCAGGGGCUGGCGGUGCGAGACUGGAUAGACGCCUCGCAGUCGCACAGACACGCCGACUUCUACGGGCUGUACGGCCAACCCUCCACUAAGCACUACGUCACCAGUUAACUAAUCACCCUCUAACCCACACACCUGCCAGCUGAUGGACACCUCUAGGACUUAUUAUACACAUUCGGGGGCAGGGUUGAUCCGUCUUUGAUUUCCUUCCUUUUGGCUCAGCGUGUGUUUUGUUAUGUACCUUUUCAAAACAAAACAUUUUAGGAGAAGAUAGAGCAGGACUAUGUAUUUUUUAUUUAUGACGCUUUGGAGAGGAAAGAGAAUCCUCCAUUACCUCCCCCAAGGCUUGGGUGAAAGUGAGAGGGAAAAGAUGAAAGUUCCGGCUGAUCUGAGGUCAGUUGCCUUACGUUGUCAUUUCUUUCAGCCUUGUUCACACUGCAGGUCCUCGCUCGUAUGUGUCGGAUGGAAUAACUGCAGUCCCCCAUUGUCCAUAUUCUCUUUCCUAUGAGGCUACAAAUCGGAUAUAAAAGUGACGUGUCCUCAAUGGUCAUUGAGAAGCGUCAUAAUUAGACUGUUAACAAGUUAAAGUACCAAUGAUUGUCACACACAUGCACACACUCGGUGUGGUGAAAUGUGUCCUCUGCAUUUGACCCAUCGCCUUGAUCACCCCCUGGGAGGUGAGGGGAGCAGUGAGCAGCAGCGGUGGAGAUUUAAACCCCAAUUCCAACCCUUGAUGCUGAGUGCCAAGCAGGGAACAAUAGUUGGCAACGGAGCAGAAAAUGUUUUAAAGUUCCACCACUUUGACCGCUCGCCCACACACACACACACACGAGUUCUCCAAGCAAAAUGUUCCGUAAAACUGAGAGACCACAUGUCUGUCCUCGUCCUUCUUAAGCUUCUAUGCCAGAUUUCCCCAAACUUUUUGACUCGGGGGGCCACAUUGGGUUAAAACAAUUUGGCCGGUGUGUGUGUGUGUGUGUGUGUGUG